UUGUAUUUUUCAAAAAUGACAUAGUCCGGGAAAGUUGUGCAAAGCGAAACUGCGGAUACAUUUUCAAAAACUAUGUCAUUUCACAAUAUUGUCACACUUUGUGUGACUCUCCAUAUGUGAGUACCCAAUGUACUUCUGAGCAAGCUGAUGGCUUUCAGAGGAAGAGGGGGCGGCCCAUUCUAUGCAGGCGGGUAUGGGCCGCCUAAUAGACAAAUGCAGAUUUGCCAGCAGCUGGGAAUAGCCUAUCCACCUGAUGGGGCCCAGGUACAUGCCUACAUAAUGCAUGUGAAGCGGGAUGCUGGACGUUUAUUGAAUGACAACUUUCUCAAUGAGGCCCUCCAACUCUACUCCCUGGCCUUGCUGGGGUGUGAGCUGUGUCCCACCAUGCCCAUGGUCGUGGAGGAGAGACCCAAGCUGCUGUGUAAUCGGUCGCUCGUUUGUUUGAAGCUUCGUCGCUUUAAAGAUGCUGAGGAAGAUGCUAAGAUGGCUGUUGCUGUGUGUCCUGCGUUUGUUAAGGGUUACUGGAGAGCCUCGCAGGCAGUGAAAGGGGGCCACAACGGGGCACAGAAGGCCAUGCGUUACCUCCUAGAGGGCAUGCGGCGGUGUCUUGGUGGUGGCACUACGAAUGAAGUGGUGGACUUUGUAGCAGAGAUAUGCGACCUGAUUCCUUCAGCGCCAAGGAAUGAUGCAAUGCUGUACAUGAUCCACAACAGUGGCAUUGACUCAGGCAUUGUACCAGAGGAUAUCUGGCAGAAAGUUGUCUGUCGUCUGGCCAACAACCACAAGUGGGACAGUCUGGCUAUGCUCAUUUGUGGACGACACAGCGGGCCCUCAGAGCCCUUGGAAGGCAUUGCCAUUGAUGUGGACUUCUCCGGUGUGAGUGUGGGGACACUUUUAGCUGACCUCCCCCACCAUACAUUGAAAUCAUGGGGCGAAGAACUGGCAGUGGUCUUGCUUACAAAUGGAGCAUCUAACGACGAAAUUGGACAGAAGUUCAAUAUGCCCACAAUACACAUCUUGGUGACAAUGGCAUUAGGAUCAGAGAGUAUCCAUCUCUUGUCAACUGUGACCUCGAUGUACGCAAGUGAGGGAAAACUGAACAUACAGAGUGUGGACGGGAACACAGCAUUACAUAUGCUAGCCAUCUCAGGAAAGAUUGACACAGGAAUAGGUCGGGAAAUCCUGGACCUACUCCUUACCAGGGGUUGUGAUGUGACUAUCCGUAACAACAAGGAUCAGACAGCCUUGGAUUACCUGCAGCCUACAGACUGGGCCUUCACACGGCUGAAGCAGGCUGAUGAACAGUCUGUGGAACAACUCCGCAAACAACUUGAACAGCUCAAAUCAAAGGGAAAUGAAGCCUUGAAGUCUCGAGACUAUAUCCAGGCUCUAAAGUUUUAUGAUCAGGGACUGGUGAUAUCCCAGAAAUCUCAGCAGCUCUACAAGGAGGCGGCCAUCUUGUACAGUAACCGUGCCAAUGUGUGUUGCACCCUGGGACAGCAUGAGGAGGCUCUCGCAAACGCAAUGGCUGCCACUACCUGUGAUAAAACAUACCCAAAGGGCUAUUGGUGGAAUGGCAAGGUGCUGCAAGCCCUCAACAACAUUGAUGGGAGCUUUGAUGUGUACAUGACCGGAUAUGAGCAGGUCUCCACGGACGACAAGAUCACAUUCCUAAUGGAGGCAAUUCAAACAUUGAAACUGCUGACAAAGGCCUCUCUGGCAGAGCGCUAUAGGCAGCUGAAGGCAGUUGAUACAGAACUGUGGCCACAGGUGUUGGGCAAGCUGAGUGUGAAGGCAGAGUGGAAGACCAUGGCCUACCUGAUACUGGGAGCCAACAUGGAGAACAAGCAGCGAUAUGGACAGUAUGUCACAGUCUAUGAGAUGCCCAACAUCUGCUCGGGGGUUGCUGGGCAACACUCAACUUUCGAGGUCAAGGCCAGCACAGUGUUUGAAUUCCUGAAAAAAUGUGAAAGCCUUAAGUCAACUGUUCACUGGUUGGAUGCCACACUGGUUGCUGUGUGUCACUACGGCAUACCGGCGGCCUUGAAAAGUUUGUGUGUGGAUGAAGCUGAUACUAUUCUGCAUGCUGUUGUUCGAUUUGCAUUGACCACUGAGAGGCUGUCACUCCUGCAUGAGAUUCUAAACCUGAACAUCCAGACUGAAGAAAGGAAUGGUAUUGGUGACACAGUGUUUCACACUGUCACAAAGUUCCGCCCUGUUCCCGACCCUAAGGUGUUGAAGAUGAUCUCUGAGCUUUUGCUGAAAAAAGGCUUCAAUGUGGCAUCAAGGAAUUCUGAGGGUAAACUUCCAGUAGAAUACCUAGACAGGUCUUGCCCAGGGUUUGUUUAUGACAUCUUCUUCAAAGCUGCCGACCCUGACAAAAUCAUUGGAGACAUCUAUAGUUUCAAACUGAAGGGCAAUGAACUCUUUAUGGCUGGAAAUGCGUAUGCGGCCUUGGAUUAUUAUUCAAAUGCUAUUGAGCUUCUGAACUCCAUGACAUCAGGACUUGCUAUGCAGAAGAUGGGCAGUCACGAGAUUGCAGUGCUCUAUGGAAACAGAGCAGAGUGUUUUCUUAAGCUACGUUUCUACCAGCAAGCGCAUGAUGAUGCCCUGCAAAGUGUCUCCAUUGAUGGACACUGGUAUAAGGCCCAUAUUCGUGUUGGCAAGGCCUUGAAAGGCUUGAAAGACUUCAUGAAGUCAGUGCAGGCGUUUUGUAAUGCUUACCUUUGCCCCAUCACGGAAGACAAGGUGAAGGUUGAAAUCCUGGUCGAGCUUGCACCUGUGCUGCAAACGCUGAAUUUCCAUGGAAGACUGGAUAAGAUCCCCAUAGAGAAUGGCCACAUAUGGGCUCAGGCCUGCUACCACUGGCUGUCAAAGAACGACUGGGACACUGCAUCUGCUGCCUUCAACCAGUAUGAACAGUCCAAGUGUAAGCAGCCUCACCUGGCCCUCACCUUGAAACCAUUCUGCUAUAUCAGUAAACUCAAGGUGCAUGGCUGGUGCCUGGGGUUGAUGCAGUACCUCCUAGACUGUGGGGCUGACAAGAAGACCAUUUCCCUGGAGGACGGCGACACCUACCUGCAUGCUGUUGUCAAAAUAACGCUUGUUGUUGGUAAAUCGAUGGAGCUUCUGAAGUACCUUUUGAAUCGUUUCUGUCGCACGGGUUACUCAGACCAGCACAGAGUUGACCGGAGUGGCAACACGGUGCUUCAUACAGCCACACUGCAGAGGAACGCAGACAAGAAGAAGAGACAAACGGUGAUCGAGAUGCUAUUGAAGACGACAGUGGAUGCAAGCAUACGUAACCAGUCUGGUAAGGUGGCGCUGGAUUACCUCCCCUCGGAAGAACCUCAGAGCAGGGAGUUGCUGCGCAUGGCCAUGUUCAACAGAGGGAAAACUUUAAGCACGAUUGGAGAUGAUGAAGAGAGCAAGGGAAGUACCAAGGCAUCAAAGUCUGCUGAGGAGAAACAACCCAAACAGAAAUCCCGUCGAAAGGACCCCUGUGACCUCUGUGAAGACCUGUAUAAGCAGGCUGCAGCCAUACUUCAGGAAGAGAAGGUGAUUGAAGGCUUCGACAAACUGACCCAGAUUCUAGCUGAACAACACUCUGGUUCUCGUCACGAGGGUAUUGUGAACAAAACCAUCUCCAGCAUUGUUAAGACGUUGUCUCAGAUGCAAAACCUAGAGCACAUGAACAGCCUUCUGUGUAUCCCAAUGGACUACAUUAUCAUGAUUGUUGAGAGACUUGCCACGGAAGGUCUCUGGAAACAGCUUGACAUGCUGGUCAGGAAAUACAGGAACAAGCACGGAAAGGAUAAACUCAAAGCAUUUGGAACAAACCUGACCGUAGUGCCAGUCAUUAAUGAGCCGUCACUGGCUCAAAAUGAAGAUCUCAAGCUUCAGAUUGUUCUAAAUCUUCUCAACAGUAAUGCUUCAUUGGGGAGUGAUGAGGGAGUUUCGGCAAUGAAGUCCGCUGUGGACGCUGAGCACUACCGUGUUCUGCAUGAGCUUAUAAAGCGUGGAGCUGAUACACGUGCCUUGUCAGUGAUUCCCGGAGAUACACCCAUACAUGCUGCUGUUCAAAUAGCCCUCGGGAAGGACAAAAGUCUUACUAUACUAGAGCAUUUGCUUACACAGUACGCAUCCAAACGUGAGGGAAAUGAACAUCUGGAUCCUGAACAGCAGGACAAGAAUGGGGACUGUCUCUUCCAUCUUGUAGCCAAGGCGAAGAACAGCUCCCAAGCUGUCAAGGUAACAGAGACAUUAUGCAAUCGAAGAAUAUCCGGUAACUACGUCAACAAGGAUGGAAAGUUACCGCAAGACUACAUCAUGAAGCACAAUGAUCGCCGCCUUCAAUUCCUGAGACUUGCCAAGUCUGUACAGCCCACGAACAAGCAAAUGUUCAACCCAAAGAAGACAGCAACACAAACCACUCCUCUGGAAAAAGACCUCAAUAAGUGUACAAGACCUGCUGAUAGCGAGGCAGACAGCCCUGCUGUUGCGCAACAUAUCACUAAAAUUAUCUCGGCCAGGGAAACUAGAAUGGAGAAAAUACGCUCUCUAAUUCGUCUUUUACCGGACAGCUCAAAUUCAGUAUUCAGUGCAGUGGAGGUUGUAAAAGAAGUUGAUGUGAACGACGUUACACAGACCUCGAACGGGGCUUCAUUGCAGAUCAAUCCACCAGAAAACGAGGUUAAAGAAAAUGCAGCAGGAUUGGACUCAGAUUCAGAGAGUGAUGAAAGUUACAUGAGUGCAUCUGAAGUGCCCGAGGAAGUAUUUUGUGAUGUGGAAAAUGUAAUGGUUGAUGUGAAACCUGCAUCUGAUAAGCACAUUGCCAUUGAUAGAAUUGAUGUUAGUGAUGAGGAAAAACCGGGAAAGGCGGUUGUGUAUGAACUUGUUGUUGAUGGAUCUGGUGAUCAUACGAAGGCAAGUGCUAUACAAAAUUGUUUGAAAACCGCAAGCAUCGCAAAUGAAGUUGAUAUUCAGAUAAAUGUUGAGAAAUGGGAACAACCAGUAACUAUGGAAAAAGGUAUGGAAACAAACAAUACUGAUAACAAAGAAAUUGAGGACCUUGUGGACGGGCCUCCAGAAAAUGCAGACGAUAUAGUUGAGAUUGUUGAAGACAAAGAAGACAGUGGUGAUGAUGCAGAUGAUGAUGAGUUUUUUGUUGUAGAUGCACAGGUGUUUGACAACUUAGAAUGGGAGGUUGAAUGCACUGCUGAGGUUUGGAAGACACUGAGAGACAAACGUGUGCCACCAGACCUGAAACGACGAAUAGUGCACAAAAUACAGCUACUAGCGAGCGGUGAUUGGCAGCCACAUCUCUGCAAAAAACUAAUCCAUGUGCUCCCAACUUUGAACCUGUUUGAAGCAAAGUUUAGCAAAGGCCAGCGUAUCAUCUGGGAGCUCGCAGUGGCUUUCUCUCCACGUCUUAGUGAGACGGCCGAACGCCGUCUGCAUUCGGAGGAAGGGGGCAUAAUUCAGCCUGUUCGUGGAGGGAAUAUUUAUUCCGAGAUUAUACGAGUCUGGGAUAUCGUCAUGGACCAUAAGAAGAUAUACAGAUCGGUUCAGAGGAUAAAUAAGUCCCAUUUGCGGGGGGAGCAGUGCAUUAUUCAAAAGAACCUGCGAGGGAUGCGUGUUGAUCAGACCACACAAACUGGGGUCGGCAAGCGCUAUCCAAUGCUUUACGCAGAAGAUGACGUUACCAAAGAAGAAUUAUUUGAACAAAAUAAGGAGAUUCAGAAGUACUUUCCGCCAGCCAGCUCUAACGAUACGGAGUACCAUAUUCUCAAGUUCUACUCGUUUUCCUCGGCCCUCGUUAGUCACGUUCUACAGAACAUUGAGACCAAGGUUGACUUCCCGUUCAGAGUGACAGACCUUGAGCAUGCCUUUAUCAACCUCAAGUCCAAAGCUCCCAUUUUGCUCCUCGGAAGGAGCGGAACUGGCAAGACAACCUGCUGCAUGUACCGACUGUGGAGUCAGUUCCAAACCUACUGGUCGAAGGCUAAAGAUGCGGGAGCCCCCAUCCUGCCUCGAUGUGUUGAGUUUGUGCAUGAUGAACCCAUUGAGGAAGAUAAUUCGAAUGAGGAAGGAGAGAGUUCAGACAACUCUGAUGAUGGGACGGAGGAUACUGGAGCCACUGGGGGACCACUGCCAGAGGCCGUUGUGUGUACCACACCAGAAGAGCCACACGAAGAGGUGGAAACUAUGUACGAUCAUCUCCAUCAGUUGUUUAUAACGAAAAAUGCAGUUCUCUGCAGUGAGGUGCAGAAGAAUUUCCGUGAGUUAAGUCACGCAAACGAGUUGAUGGCAGAUUACAUGCAACACGAGGAUGAAAAUUUACCGCCUCGCCUUCAGGACGUUGAAGAUUACGCAUUUCCAAUGUUUGUCACUUCCAGGCAGUUGUUGCUUAUGCUGGAUGCGUCCGUUGGUCCUCCGUUCUUCUUUGAACGGAAGGACGACGGCAGUCUCAAGGUUGACAUCAGUGGUUGGACAGAUGCCGGAGGACCACUCAGUAUUCUUUCACUCCUGGAUGAUGACUCUGAUGCUGAAGAAGACAUGGACGAGUUUGAAGAUUCAGACCAUGAAAUGGAGAUGGGAGAUAACUGGAAUACUGAGAGCUCUGGCAAAGCAACAAAGGUUGACCCUAGAAGGGAAAUUACCUACACAGUGUUUGUUGAGGAGAUCUGGAGGCACACAAAGAAGAACACGUCGUCAUAUCACCCGUCCUUAAUUUGGACAGAGAUUAUGUCAUUUAUAAAAGGUUCGUAUGAAGCGUUGUCAAAACUGAAGGGCUACUUGGACAAGGAAGAGUAUUUUGAGCUGGGAAGAAAGCGAGCACCAAACUUCUCCGGGGAAAGGGAUGUGAUCUACUCAUUCUUUCUCAAGUACGAACACUUCAGGAAACAGCACGCAUUGUUUGACGAGACUGAUCUUGUUCAUGAUGUGUUUCAACGUCUUCGACAACUAGAGUCUCGUCCCUGGGUGAUUCACCAGAUUUUCGUCGAUGAGACUCAGGAUUUCACACAGGCAGAACUUUGUCUGUUGAUACGAUUAUGCCAAAAUCCAAAUGACAUGUUUCUCACAGGCGACACAGCACAAAGCAUCAUGCGAGGUAUUUCAUUCCGGUUCAGUGAUCUUCGUUCGCUGUUUUACCAUGCCAAACAAUCUAUGCAGGCUAUGGGAAAAACUUCAGCCGUUGAGGUUCCGAAACAGGUGUACCAACUAACGCACAACUACCGGUCUCACGCGGGCAUUCUUUCCCUCGCAACCAGUAUACUUGAACUCAUGGUUGAAUUCUUUCCGGAUUCCUUUGACCGGCUGCGACCGGAUCAGGGUCUUUUCAAUGGACCAAGACCGAUUCUGCUGGAGUCUUGUAGUUUUGGGGAUCUUGCUGUUCUGUUGAGGGGAAACAGACGAAAAACAUCUCACAUCGAAUUUGGUGCACACCAAGCUAUUCUAGUGGUCAAUGAUGCAGCACGGGAUUCUAUUCCGGAGGAGUUACGGCUUGGUCUUAUUCUCACAAUCUAUGAAGCCAAGGGGCUUGAAUUUGAUGACGUUCUUCUCUACAACUUCUUCAAAGAUUCACAGGCUUCAAAGGAAUGGCGUGUUGUCACAGAUUACUUGGAUCGACUUGUUAUGGUGCAAAACGAAUCAGCAAUUGUUUCUAGUGGCAACCUGGUAACCCUAGACCAAGAAAUUUUGGAAUCAUCAACUCGUCCUCGACCACUGAAAUUUGACUCCAACCAGCACAAAGUUCUGAACUCAGAGUUGAAGCAUUUGUACACGGCGUUGACAAGGGCUCGUGUGAAUGUCUGGAUAUUUGAUGAGGACCGCGAAAACAGAGCGCCAAUGUUUGAGUAUUUCAAGGCACGAAAACUGGUGAAGCAUUUGGAAGUGCAAGAAAUAAAUGAAACAAGUCUGUCAGAAACAGUUUUUGCUGAGAAAUCGAGCCCUGCUGAUUGGCUGCGACGUGGCGAGGACUUCAUGCGCCACUCUCUGUACACGGUGGCUGCCAAGUGCUUUGGAAUGGGGGGAGACCAUGAAAGAGAAAAGGUGGCUUUAGCUCAUGGACAGGCACUCCUGGCAUCAAGACUGAAAGAUAAGCCUCGUCAGAUGCGAGAUGAGUUCUUACAUGCGGCUGAGCUUUACCUGGAAUGUAACAAGCCUCCAAAAGCUGCACUGUGCUUGCAGAAUGCCAAGGAACGAGGGCUUGCAGCUGAACUCUUUGAAAAACUGGGACAGUAUGACAGAGCUGCAGACAUCUACAAGAAAAUGAAGCUACCUCUGGACAGCAGCCGAUGUUAUGAACAGAAUGGAAACUUCAACGAAGCAAUCAAAGUUCUGUGUGAUAAUGAAAACUUUGAUAUGGCAAUAGACACUUUACGUAGAUACAGCCUUAAAAUUAAGGAUCUGGAACAGAGAGGAUUGCCAAUCCCAAUAUCCCUGAAUGAUUAUCGACCUGAUGCUGCUUACACUGAGGAAAGGCUGAGUCAUAGGGCGGCAAAUCUGUACCAUAAGUACAAAAAGGAAGACAAGAUGAUGGAAGCUGUUGAGAAGUUUAAAGAUACCAACGAUCGUGUCCAAUUUCUAAAAGACAGAAACUACAUUAACCAAGCAGCAGAGAUGUUGGCUAACUCAGGAAACAUUGAAGAAGCAGCUGAAAUGCUGUUCACCUAUGGAAAAAGAGAUAAAGCGGUUUUAAUGGCCAAAAGGACGGAAGAUGAAGCAGUGAUCGGCAAAUUUCUCCUCAUGAAGUGCAGAUCUCUUCUCUACGACAGUAACAAACAGUCUACAGAACUUGGAGAAUCAAAUUUGAUACUUAAAGAUGCUAUUUUAGAAACAAUCGAAAUGUUUGAGGCUUGUAACGAUUUUGAUGGACUGGGAGCUGCUUGGAUGUUGAACUGGGUACUGUCAGAGAAUACACAGUGUAUUGAAAAGGCUUUACAAUCUUUUCGAAAGUCCAAACCCUUCGAAAACACCGCUGGCAUAGUUGAAUGCGCGCAUUUGCUUGUACAAACACAGAAUUUGAAUCUUGAAAACUUGGAAAUAUGCAUAAGGAGUAUCCACGAUUUGUUUAACGUUUGUUUUGCUCUUCUGUUCCCGAACUCAACUCAGAAUUUUGACAGACUGUUGAAGUUUGACAGCUUUUAUGGCUUUAAACCUUGCAGUAGUGAAAAAUAUGCUGUCCAUCCUAAAGAAAGACCACGUUGUCUCGAAAUGAUUCCAGAUCUCAUUUCUUCCAAAGCUGGGAAGAAAAUGCAAGUAAUUGAAGUAUUUAAAAAAGAGGCUCGUGUAAGUUUGGCUGUUGUCCUUCUUAAAAGAAUUCAGCAAUGGCUUGAACCAAUCUUUGCGCGCAUUCAGACUCUUAGGGACGAAGCAAUGGUUUGUGAUUGGUUCAGAUUAGGUUUGCCGUGUACUCUUGGAAAGAAUUGUAGAAAACUGCAUCGCCUGCAAACAAACGACGAUUUUGGCAUGUUAAUAGGACUGGACGUUUUGUGCAUAGAAUGUGAAAGCCAUGUUCAAAGUGGAGCUUCAAGCUUGAUUGAAAAGAAGUGUCCAGAAGCAGUGACAUCAAUUGUAGAAGUGUUUGUUACAAAUAAGGUGGACAAUUUCUACGAAAGGUAUAAAGGCUGCUUCUGUCUCUGGCAUGACCUUAUGCCAGUCGAUGGUCAUCCUAAUUUAAUUGGGAAUGAAUCUAAAAAGCUGAUGGAAUACAUUUCUGGAAAUAAGGUUAGAAAGCAACUGAAAGAGUUCUUACUAGGACAAUGGAAACAGGCAGAAGCUUGUGACAAAGGUAUGCUGCUCAACAGCCAAGCUGUAAGAGAAUCGGAAGUUUUCAUGCGCAUGGAGUUUGGCUACUAUCUUUUCCGAUUUACAACUGGUAAACACCAGUUUGAAACAUCACCUUCAUCAAAAAUGAGACAACUGGAACUUCAGUUGGAUGGCGAAAUAGCAAAGAAAGGAAAACGCUUCAACCAAACGUAUUACACUGUCAUGGUUUCGCCUCACAACAAUACCAUGAAUGUCGAGUGUACCGCACGAAGGUUUAUCGAUUCAUUUGAUGAACUUUUGAAGGGAGAUGUGUGGGAAUCUGUUGAAAAAUUCACGAAAUUCAUCAUUCUUUCUAGCAAAAAGGAUGUUGACGUUCUUGAACCGUGGGUGUUCAUAAUGUGGUUAGAGUUCUAUUCUACUUUGGCUUCCCUUAUUAUUGCGAAAUUGAAGAUUCAGCAUUUUGCAGAUUUCCUAUUUGUUCUUCCAAACAACUAUUUCAACCUCAUGUUUUUUGUGGAGUCAUCCAUUCCAUCUGGGCUCAAAAUAAUUGAAGCAAUUCAGAGGUUUCAAACAAGCUACAGAAAUAACCCAAAAAUGAUUUCAAGAAUGCAAGAACGUUUAAAAUGUAUGGCAUUUGCUGUUGCAGGAUUUUGUGAUCAUUUACCUCUGAUGGAAACUUUAGUGAAGAAAAGUGUAGAUAAUCCAAUGAUGUUUGGUGUCGUUGAAAGACUGCUGAUUUUGGCAAUGACUCUGGUGUGUAACAUUGGCAAAACUGUAGAAGUAGUCAAUGAACAGUCGUUAAUGAAUAUGAUGACGAAAGUCAAAUUAGAAGACAAUGCGCCAUUGCGCCUCCGAAGAAUACUAGAGCGUUUGCAGAAUGCUACAGGAAUAGCAGAUGUUGCUAAUGUACUAAAGGAUUUGUUGAAUUAUCGACAAAGAUCAGAACUAUUACUGGUAUGCUCAUGGAAAACAGAAAAUAAAAUGGUCCUUCUUGCAAAAAGUGCAAUUAAGACUUCAGCAGAAAUAAGAGAAAUAUUCGAUGACCAGUUCUUGAAUGCUGACAAAACACUCAACGCAAUGCAACAAAACAAAGAAGGCUGUGUUAGCGUUAAUGAAGAACAUGUCGUAAAAAUGGACUACCAACAGGAAACUGACUUUGAGGAAGAUCAGACUAAAGAGGAAAUUGAGAAAAGUCAAAGGGAAAAACAAGAACAGCAACUACGAGACACGAGGGAGCGGGCUGUCACGACUAUUUCGCGUUGGUAUAGAAAGAUACGGGAUAAGAGGAAUGCCAAAAAAGAUAAAGACACUUCAUUUGAUCCAAGCUUUGCUGGAAUAAAGGUGGACAAUAAGUCAUGUGGUAUAUGCGGUGUAUAUUUUGAACAAUUGGUCACAAGUAUACAUGACGGUAACUCAAAAGAAAAUGCGAUGUUGCAAGUUCGUAAAGAACACAUGGCUACCCUAGACCAUCAACGGAACUCACAAGAAUUAAUGAAAUUCAAGAAAACUUAUCAGGAAUUCAUUGAACCAAAACUAAAAGACGUAAAAACGUUUCUAUAUGAUUCGGGGUUCGGACUGGUUGACCAAUCGUAUGUAGAGAAACAUUAUGCACAACACCAGAUGGACAUACAAAGACUUCCAACGCUUGUAGCCCACAUAGAGAAAGAACUUCAACUCAAAAUCAACAGCCGAAUGUGGAAGCAUGAGGGUUUAGUUGACAUGAAAUUAAAAGAGUUGGAAAAUAAUUUCCGAACUCUAAAGCCGUACAUUGAGCAGAUUCAUGAUAAACUAAGACAGGAAAAAGAAGAGAUGGCUAAACAGACUGCUGCUUCAAACAUUCCAAGAACUGAAAACUGGGAGGAUGAAAUAGAGGAUAUACAGGUAGUCGUUGAAGAACCUAAAAUUGAACCAAGAAAAGGUCGAGCAAACAAGAAAUCAAAGAGGAAGCGUUAAGCGAUGCUCUUUGAUUUGUAUUGAGAAUAUGUUUAACUCUUGACCGUACAAAUAUGUUCCUGUGUUUGAGCUAUAUUUUUGUACUUUCAUAAAUUUUUGGUAUACUAUCCAAACUGACAGGUGUGUUUAAUGUGUACAUAGUCAUCGAUUUAUUUUUGUGAAUUAUUUUGUAUGUGAGCAAGUCCAUUUAAAAUAGAUUGUUAUUUCGUAAAUAUUUAAUUGUAGGGUUGUGAUCAAUGCCGAUAUAAUUUGCAAUUGCUUGUGUUGAUACGCCCCACGGAGUAGAUUUCAUUAAGCUUUUUUUGCAACUCCCGUUUAACAACUGUGUAAAUAUUGCUCAAAUUUUCACAGUUAAAUGAGCUUUAUAUUUAGAUGAUUAUAAAGAAAUUAAUUUUGGCUAGCACAACUUUUGGUAGUAUGAUUGCCUCUACCUGUUUGUCGUGUCUCAAAUGUGGCGUUUUCAAAUCUUCUUGAACUGUUUGGUGGAUCGCGCUGAAACGUUUACAGUGGAAUAACUUAAAUGUGUAGACGAUCAUAUAGAACAUAAUGCUCUUCGGUUUUUGGCAGAGGUAUGGCCUUUCGUGUAUUGUUGCAUUAGAGAAUAUAUAGUCUCUUAAAAGCAGUGUUCUACUUUUCUUUAAUUACUGAGUGAAUGUCUCGCGGUUAAAUGACCUGAAUGUGCAAGUAAUCGUAAAGGAAGGAUUUCGGCAGCGACUAUAUCGGCAGAAUAAUGACCAUUUGCCUCUAGGCCCAUGUGGGAAAAUAAAGUCUGACAAAUGUGUGUUUUCAGUGCCUAACUAAAUCGCCAAUGUUGCUAAAACUGUUACAUCUGAUUAAUGUGUAGAGGAUUUUCUGAAAGGGAUCAUGGCCCUUUUACGUUGUGCCCUGUAAAAUGUACAGUAGAUUUGUCUGUGUCCGAAUAUGUGUGCUGGGGGCAUCUGUGUCUGUGACACAUAUAUAGUUUAAUACGAAUGAUAAUGGUUCAUAAAAUAUGAUCUCCACAUUGUUAGCUUAGCUCACACAAUGAACUACCGUUACUGUGCGAAGUAUGUAAUGUUGCUCAGUUUUCACAUUAAGUUACCUAUAAUUUGCGACGUUUAAAUCAGUUAUAUUUCUCUGUUUUAACAUUGAACUACGGCUAUUAUUUUGACUGACUUCUUGAUAUGUAAUGGUGCGCUGCUUAAUGCUGUUUAAUUUCCAUUACUAUGUGAUUUCCUAACACGUUAUGUUUCUUUAAAUACCGUUACUAUGCGACGUCUUAUCUUUUAUGUUGCUGUUUACAUAUUGAACAACUGCUAUUAUCUGAUAACUUAAGAUUUACUGUUGUUCUUUUAACAUUUUGAACUGCCGUUACAAUGUGGCUUUUGUAUCAUAUGUCGCCCCGUUUUCAUAUUUAAAUACCUUUCUAUGUGACUUUUAUCUGAUGCUGCUACGUGUACAUAUGAACUACCUUUACUAUCGGAAUACUUUUAAAAGAGUUGGUAUAAGCAUGGAUAAAACUUAAACAUAUUCUCUCCACAAAAUAUAAAUGUGCCUUACAAUGAUAAUGAUCUCUGCGGUUUAGUAUUAUUUAGUAUAAGUAUUAUUUAUAUUGCAAAGGGGUCUGUCGACUUGACAACUGUUUGUCAGCCUUUUACCGUUGCACAUAAAUAUAUAAAAAAAAAAUACCAUCACGAUUAAAUAUGGAUAGUGCAUGCGAUCUAAAUCGAUGUGAGCGUACAUUGCACAGAUUACUUUCUUAAACUCAUUGAACUGUUGAAAAACGUGCAUGAAUGAAACCAAAUUAAAAUAUAAGAAACAGUCCAAGCGAACAUUAUUUUUGCUAAUGGCUAUAACGAGUGUCGUGGAAAUAUUUUCAAGCUAUACCAUGUGACGUGUUUUAUUUGUAAUUUUAAGACGUUUUCGAAUUGAACUUAUUAGAGUAUGUGACUUCCCUGUAAUGUUGCUUGUAUUGUUUUCCCUGUAAUAUUGUUUGUUUUGUUUGUAUAAGUUAGGGUAAUGUUCAUAUGAUCACGGACAUCUCUUUUAGCUUACACUUUCUAUGAAAUAUGUGCCUUAUGAUUAUCUUUGUCAAUAAUAUUGAUGUUGCAUGGGGAUCUGUCGUAUUGAAAGUUUACAACGUUAGUUUUUAGUAUCUUUAACUCUUAAUAGUAGUGUUGUGUUAGUCGUAUUUCUCCCUGUUUCUGCCAAAUAAUGCUGCAAAUCUUUACGAUAAAUUAAUAGCUGUUUAAUGCAUGAACAUAUUUUGAUUUGCUUUAACACUGUUAAGACGUGUCUCUUAAGAUUAAAUGUUGGUAUAAACUUGUGUCAUAAAUACAUCAAUGUGGACAGUUUCUUUGUAAAUAAAUAGAGAACGUUUAUUAAUACGGUCUGUAUCGGGUCUUGACACCAGUUAACUUUAUAAUACGGUUAUAACAAAUGUUUGCCAUUACGAGAACUUAUUUUACUUCUUGAUUGCUUUUUUUAGCUCACCAGAUUGCUCAGGUGAGCUUUUGUUACCGGUCUUUAUCCGUCGUCCGUCCGUCCGUCCGUCCACAUUUGAUUGUUAACACUCUAUAGAGGCCACAUUUAUUGUCCGAUCUUCAUGAAACUAGGUCAGAAGCUUUGACCCAAUAGAAAUCUCGGUCGAGUUCGAAACUGGGUCGUGUCGUGUCAAAAACUAGGCCACUAGAUAAAAAAAAGAAAAACCAUGUAAACACUGUAGAAGUCACAUUUCAUUCCCAAUCUUCAUGUAACUUUGUAAAAAUUUUUACCUUAAUGAUAUGUUGGUUGAGUUCAAAAGUGGUUUGGUCAGUUGAAAAUCAUGGCCGCCAGUGGGCGGGGCAGUUUUUCCCUAUUUGGAUAUAGAGAAACCUUGUAAACACUCUAGAAGUCACAAUUUUUGCCCAAUCAUCAUGAUAGUUGGUCAAAACAUUGGUUUUAUUGAUAUCUCGGACGAGUUCGAAAAUGGUCCAGAUCGGUGAAAAAACAUAGGCGCCAGUGGGCGGGGCAUUUUUCUCUAUAUGUAUUGAGUGAAAACAUGUGAACACUCUAGAAGUCACAUAUUUGGCCCAAUUUUUAUGUAAUUUGGUCAGAACAUUUGUUUCCUUGGUACGAGAGUUGUGUUCAAAAAUGGUUCCAGACAGUUGAAUAACAUGGCUGCCAGGGGGGGGGGGGGGCAGUUUUCCUUAUUUGGCUAAAGAAAAACCUUGUUAACACUCGAGUAGUCACAAUUUUUGCCCAAUCAUCAUGAAAGUUGGUCAAAACAUUGGUUUAAUUGAUAUCUCGGACGAGUUCGAAAAUAGUACAGAUCGAUGAAAAAACAUGGCCGCCAGUGGGCGGGGCAUUUUUCUCAAUAUGUAUAUAGUGAAAACAUGUGAACACUCUAGAAGUCACAUUAUUUUUGGCCCAAUUUUCAUGAAAUUAGGUCAGAACAUUUGUUUCCUUGAUAUGAGAGUUGAGUUCGAAAAUGUUUCCAGACAGUUGAAUAACAUGGCUGCCGGUGGGGCAGCUUUCCUUAUUUGGCUAUAGAGAAACCUUGUAAACACUCUAGAAGUCACACUUUUUGCCCAAUCAUCAUGAAAGUUGGUUCAAACAUUGGUUUUAUUGAUAUCUCGGACGAGUUCGAAAAUGGUCCAGAUCGUUGAAAAAACAUGGCCGCCAGUGGGCGGGGCAUUUUUCUCUAUAUGUAUAUAGUGAAAACAUGUGAACACUCUAGAAGUCACAUUUUUGGCCCAAUUUUCAUGAAAUUUGGUCAGAACAUUUGUUUCCUUGAUAUGAGAGUUGAGUUCGAAAAUGGUUCCAGUCAGUUGAAUAACAUGGCUGCCGGGAGUGGGCAGCUUUCCUUAUUUGGCUAUAGAGAAACCGUGUUAACACUCGAGAAGUCACAAUUUUUGCCCAAUCAUCAUGAAAUUUGGUCAAAACAUUUGUUUUAUUGAUAUCUCGGACGAGUUCGAAAAUGGUCCAGAUCGGUGAAAAAACAUGGCCGCCAGUGGACGGGGCAUUUUUCUAUAUAUGUAUAUAGUGAAAACAUGUGAACACUCUAGAAGUAACUUUUCUGGCCCAAUUUUCAUGAAAUUUGGUCAGAACAUUUGUUUCCUUCAUAUGAGAGUUGAGUUCGAAAAUGUUUCCGGUCAGUUGAAUAACAUGGCUGCUGGGGGGGGGGGGGCAGUUUUCCUUAUUUGGCUAUAGAGAAACCUUGUAAACACUCUAGAAGUCACAAUUUUUGCCAAAUCAUCAUGAUAGUUGGUCAAAACAUUGGUUUUAGUGAUAUCUCGGACGAGUUCGAAAAUGGUCCAGAUCGGUGAUAAACAUGGCCGCCAAUGGGCGGGGCAUUUUUCUCUAUAUGUAUAUAGUGAAAACAUGUGAACACUCUAGAAGUCACAUUAUUGGCCCAAUUUUCAUGAAAUUUGGUCAGAACAUUUGUUUCCUUGAUAUGAGAGUUGAGUUUGAAAAUGGUUCCAGUCAGUUGAAUAACAUGGCUGCCGGGAUGGUGGGGCAGUUGUAUCAUAUUUAUAUAGUAAAAAAAAAGGCUUGUGAACACUCUAGAAGUCACAUUUUUUGCCCAAUCAUCAUGAAACUUGGUGAAAAGAUUGGUUUUAAAUAUAUCAUAUAAUUAAUGCCAUAAUUAUUCCCUUUAGAUUGUCCAAAUUUUCAUUACAUUAUACAAAAUCCUUGUUAACACUCUAGAGGUCACAAUUUUGUUUCAGAUUUUAUGAAUCUUGGUCAUAAUAUUUAAUUUUGUAAGCAAAGUUUGAUGUUUGGUAAGGGGGGUCAACUCUAAAUAUAGGUCACCAGGUCAAAUCUUACAAAAACAAAAUCACUCCAUAUUCCAGAGUUUUGGUUCAAUAAUGAUGAAACUUGACCAGGAUGUUUGUCUGGACAAUAUCUAGGUCAAGUUUGACGUUUGGUUAAGAUUGAAUGAACCGACUCCUCUCAGGUGAGCGAACUAGGGCCAUCUUGGCCUUCUUGUUCAUUUUGUUCUGCUGUGGUUUAAGUUCAUUUCGAUUGGAAUAUAAAUCUAGUAUACAUUGUUUAUGUAAACAUUAUUGAACAAGGAUUCCUUUGAAAAUAUUUUGCUGUUCGGUUCUACUGUGCUUGGAAAUCUGUUUGAUUAAAAAUAAUAGCAA